UGUUUUUCACUCCUUAUCUUUCCUUAUUUUAUACUAUGUUAAAAUGGUUGUAGAUGACAUUCAGUUUCUAAGUAUUCUCAAAGGAAAGCGCAUCAAACUUACCUUGAAAAAUGAAGCUUAUCUCGGCACCAUCCAGCGCAUCAACUCUAACAAAACCAUCAUUUUGGCCGACGUGGUUGGGGCCAAUAAUGGAUGUAAAUAUUUAGGUUCUAAAAUGUUCUUCGGCCAUGACGUUGUCAAUGUGGAAUUCACCCAUGAAGAAGAUAAUGCCAGUAGGUAUGCUAGGGAGAAGACUCAUGAGGAUCACUUGACUGUGGAAAAGUUCCAGCCCUACAGGAGAACUGUUGGACUAGAUGAAGAUGAUGAAGAUGAGGGGGAAUACAUUAACUUCAUUGUCAUUGAUGAGUUUCACGAAAAGUUUGGACGAGCUGUGAUGCAAAUAAAAAAGCAACAAGUAAUUGGAGUAGGAGUGGAUGGAGUUGAAAUAUACAAGCAUGGGAGACUCUGCUGGCUUCAGAUUGCUACAAAACACAAGGUGUACCUUUUUGAUAUCCUGCUGCUGGGAGCUCGCGCAUUUAAAAAUGGUCUCUCAAUGAUCCUACAGAGUCAACGUAUUUUAAAGGUCAUUCAUGACUGCAGAGCUAUUGCAGGAUGUUUAUCCGCUCAGUUUGGAGUAAAUCUGACAAACGUUUUUGACACUCAGGUUGCAGAUGUGAUGUGCUUUUACUCUGAGACAGGUGGUUUGCUUCCAGACAGAGUAAGCACUUUUCAGGAGGUGAUCAGUCUACAUCUAAAGGUUCCUUCAUCACAGCUUCUGUCUUUGCAAAUGAAGUCUCAACUCACACAGGAGAAGGAGCUGUGGUAUAAGCGGCCGUGCCCUCUGCCUUUGCUCAAGGUCAUGGCUCUGUCUGUGAUCCACCUGCAGCCUCUGCGCCUGGUGCUGCUUGACACGCUCAUGGCAGACUACAUGCUUCUGGUGGAUUCAUAUCUCAAAAGUAGCCACUUCCAGCCCGAUGAACUGGACCAUCUCAGUAUGGAGAGUGUUUUGGAACUGCCUAAGGCGCUCAGACAGUUGGAGCAAAUGCGUUGUGAUCGUCAGGAGUGGGCAGCUGAGCAGUUUCCAGUGACAAAAGAUGGUCUGCUGGAUCGUUUUAACCCCAGAGUGACAAAGAGCACAACUGAAGAAGAACUACAGAAGACACAAGAGAAAGAGUUCUCUAAACCUGGGAGCAUGGAGAAUUAUUCAGCCCAGAGCAGACUGUUUGCUGAUAGAGGACUAAAGGCCACAAAGCAGAACAAUGAUAAGUCUCCAGUUUCAGUCCUGCCUGGUAUUGGGCGUGGCCUGUUCUUCACACCCACAGUUCAGAGCCCUGGAAAGUGUGCAGCAGAGCCAGCCUCUGGUGAGAAUGGGAUGGGGCUCAAUGAAGCUACCGUGGCUCCAAAGUCUCUCAGCCAGUCUUUCAGGACCUUGCAUUUCCUCUCCGUCACAAUAAUGCCUUAUGUGCAACACUUCCUGUUUCUCAGGCUCAGGAGGAAGGAACAGGGCGCUUGUCACACGGUAGUCACUGCUUCCUCUCCUGCUCCCCUUUUCCCCGCUCCCAAACUUCAGACAUCCAUGUGUCCUUCAGGGAAAGAUGACUGCACCUUUAGCAUCAGCGCAGGAAGCAGCAGGUUAUUUUUGGACCCAAGUCGGAAAGGCUUUGUGCUCCACGGGGCUGCAGCUCUUUUCCCGUCAUUAUGAAAGAGCAGAGGAAGACAUGGAGUAAAUGGUUUCCAGGUUGG